CUCUCCCAGGCACUUUGCUCCCAGCGUGGGAGAGCACGAGCGAGCACGACACGGCCCGGCCCGGCACAGCGGCAUGGCUCUGGGCCCUAUGGGGAACAGGUGAUCCCUGGGGGUGCCUCGCAGAUGAGAGUCACCCCAUCCUUGGAGCGCAGCUCUGGCUGGGAGAACAUGGACGCUCCGGUGAGGAUGUUCUCACUUGCCCCGUGGACGCCGACGCCAACCCCCUGGCUGGGAGGGAAUACAACUGCUGCGGCAGAGGCAAAGUGUGUCUUCAACGAGGAGUUCAAGUUCAUCCUGCUGCCCAUCUCCUACGGCAUCGUCUUUGUGGUGGGUCUGCCCCUCAACUCCUGGGCCAUGUGGAUUUUUGUCUCCAGGAUGAGGCCCUGGAACGCCACCACCACGUACAUGUUCAACCUGGCCAUAUCGGACACGCUCUAUGUCUUCUCCCUCCCCCUCCUGGUGUAUUACUAUGCUGACCGCAACAACUGGCCCUUCGGGAAAGCGUUCUGCAAGAUCGUGCGCUUCCUGUUCUACACCAACCUCUACAGCAGCAUCCUCUUCCUCACCUGCAUCAGCAUCCACCGCUACCUGGGCAUCUGCCACCCCAUCCGCUCCCUCAAGUGGGUGAAGACCAAACAUGCACGACUCAUCUGCGUUGGCGUCUGGCUGGUUGUCACCAUCUGCCUCAUCCCCAACCUCAUCUUUGUCACCACCAGCUCCAAGGACAACAGUACUCUGUGCCAUGACACCACCAAGCCCGAGGAGUUUGACCAUUACGUGCACUACAGCUCCUCUGUCAUGGCCCUCCUCUUCGGUAUUCCCUUCCUGGUGAUUGUUGUGUGCUACUGCCUGAUGGCCAAGAGGCUCUGCAAGCCCAGCUUCCCCAGCCCUGGCCCUCGUAUGCCCUCCUACAAGAAGCGCUCCAUCAAGAUGAUCAUCAUCGUGCUCACUGUCUUUGCCAUUUGCUUUGUGCCCUUCCACAUCACUCGGACCCUCUACUACACCUCUCGCUACUUCCAAGCUGACUGUCAGACCCUCAACAUCAUCAACUUCACCUACAAGAUCACGCGGCCCUUGGCCAGCAUCAACAGCUGUCUGGACCCCAUCCUGUACUUUAUGGCUGGGGACAAGUACCGGGGACGGCUGCGCCGGGGGGCAGCCCAGCGGCCCCGGCCUGUGCCCACUUCCCUGCUGACCCUGGUGUCCCCCUCUGUGGACAGCAGCAUGGUUGGCAGCUGCUGCAACAGCGAGAGUCGAGGGACAGGGUGGAACAGAGGUGGGCAAUGAGAAGCAAAAAUGUAUGACACAGCACGGAAUCCCUGGUUCCACAAACCUGUCUGAAGCAUUGACCGUGGAUCUGAGGGCAGGCGGCCAUGGGGUGCAUCCCUGGUCACUAUGACAAGACAUUUGUCCCUCCUCAGGCAUGCACAGAGUGCUUGACCAGAGUACAGUGAACGAUCUGAUGUUAGGGACAGUGGAGGAGCAUCCUCGUGUCAGUAGGUGGUGACACGUGGGGAUAGCAGGAAUGCUGGUUGUGGUCCUGGCCAGGGCCUCUACUGAGACUGCCACUCAGUCCAGUGCUGCCAGCACUGAGGGCUCAGCCUCCUGCUGCAAUGCCCUGCACUGUCCUCAGGGUGGGGACACUUGGGGGAUGGGCAUGGAGCCACAUUUCAGAGAUGCCCUCCAAAGCAUCAUCCUGGGGGAGGCGGUGAGGGGCUGUAUUGCUUAUGGACCUCAAUAAAUCACCUUCCCAUUCUCCACAUGCCAAA